AUGGCGUGGACAGCAGCUGUAAGGAGAAAAGAUGUAACAUUUACCAACAUCCCUGAACAUAUGAGAGUGUGUUCUCUUCAUUUUCAGUCAGGACAACCAGCAUAUGAAAUGUUGGAAACUCAUCAUGAUUGGACACCGUCUUUGCUCUUGGGGCACAACGAGGUGAAAGUUCCUGACAAAGACAGAUUUGCACGUCACUUGAAGAGACAUAAAAACCAAGCUGAGAAGACGGUGGAAAGGGCAGGGGACCAAGUGGACAGAAUAGAGGAGAGCUCGCUAGAAGAGGAGGGGAUGUGUGAAGAGGAGUGUGUGCAGUGCAAGCCUAGGUGCGACGAAAUCAACCGUCUACUGGAGGAAAAUAGGAAUUUGAAGCGUAAACUUGCCGAAAAAGAAUUUACAGAGGAGUUUCUGAAGCGUGAUGAUAGCAGAGUAAAAUAUUACACUGAACUUCCAAAUUAUGAAACUUUUAAUGUUUUGUUGUCCCAUGUAACCCCCUUUCUGCCACAGGGAACAAGAAAGCUUACUCCAUUUCAAAUGAUACUGGUCACUCUCAUGUGUCUGAGAUUGGAUCUGCCAUUGCAGCACAUCGGUCACCUAUUUGAUGUGCACAGAGGAACAGUGAGUGCUGCAUUUCACAAAACUCUUAAUGUUCUGUAUGCACGCCUGGCUCCAAUAGUGCAUUGGCCUGACAGAGACAGUUUACAAGUCAGUAUGCCACACCAGUUUAGUGAGACAUUUGGGAAUCGCGUAGCUGCCAUUAUUGACUGUUUUGAAGUGUUCAUUAAAAGACCAUCAAACCUUCAGGCAAGGGCACAAACAUUUUCACAUUACAAGCACAGCCACACACUCAAAUACCUCAUUGGUAUAACUCCUCAAGGAGUAAUUUCAUUCAUUUCCAAAGGGUGGGGUGGACGCACAAGUGACAAAAGAAUAACGGAGGAAUGUGGCUUCCUGGAUAAACUUCUGCCAGGUGACCUAGUUUUGGCAGAUCAGGGUUUUGACAUUAAGGAGAGUGUGGGAAUGGUGUGUGCUGAAGUAAAAACACCAGCAUUCACAAAAGGUCAACGACAGUUGGACGCAAAGGAUGUGGAAGAAACAAGAUCUCUUGCACACCUGAGGAUCCACGUGGAAAGAGUCAUUGGAGUUGUACGAAACAAAUACAAGAUACUGUCCUCAAAAAUCCCAAUCAACAUGGUAUUGCCGUGUGAAGGCGAAAAUGUAACAUUGUUGGACAAGAUUGUUGUGGUUUGUUGUGCACUCACAAACAUGUCUUCAAGCGUUGUACUGUGA